UCAUUAUUAUUUGAAUCUGAUCUGCCCAAAUAAAAUAUCAUACUGUAUAUACCCAUUAUAUACCAAUAUAUAUAGAGAAUAGUUAUGUACACCACUUCUGCUGCUCUUUCCAAGCCGAGAUUUUCCUCUUCUUCAAUCUCUACUAUUUCUUCCUCUUCUUCUGCUGCUUAUUAUCGCCCUAGUGGCUCUUCUUCUACUUUUUUCUAUAAUCAGCAGCACCGUUCCUUGAGCUUCUCCUCCGCCGUGCGAUCGCUGCGGUGGAAUUGGAAAUCUCCGAUCAGUUUGAAAGCUCAGAUCAGAACUACUGCCACUACUCCUAUUCCCAACAAUUUCCAUCGAAAACUCUCAACCAUGGCUGCAGAGAACCCAUUUAAGGAAAUCCUUACUGUUCUUCCCAAGCCUGGAGGUGGCGAAUUCGGAAAGUACUAUAGCCUACCUGCUCUGAAUGAUCCCCGAAUUGACAAGCUGCCAUAUUCUAUUAGAAUUCUUCUUGAAUCAGCAAUUCGUAAUUGUGACAACUUUCAAGUGAAAAAGGAGGAUGUUGAGAAGAUUAUUGACUGGGAAAAUACUGCGCCGAAGCUAGUGGAGAUACCGUUUAAGCCAGCCCGAGUCUUGCUGCAAGAUUUUACUGGUGUACCAGCUGUUGUGGACCUUGCUUGCAUGCGUGAUGCCAUGAACAAGCUUGGCAGCGAUUCUGACAAGAUUAAUCCAUUGGUGCCGGUAGAUCUGGUAAUUGAUCAUUCAGUUCAAGUUGAUGUGGCAAGGUCAGAAAAUGCUGUCCAGGCUAAUAUGGAACUGGAAUUCCAAAGGAACAAGGAGAGAUUCGCCUUUCUCAAGUGGGGUUCUAAUGCUUUUCGCAACAUGCUUGUUGUUCCACCAGGUUCUGGUAUUGUUCAUCAGGUGAAUCUUGAAUACCUCGGGAGAGUCGUCUUUAACAUGGAAGGCUUGCUCUAUCCUGAUAGUGUUGUCGGAACAGAUUCCCACACCACUAUGAUCGAUGGGCUUGGAGUUGCUGGCUGGGGUGUUGGAGGUAUUGAAGCAGAAGCUACAAUGCUUGGUCAGCCAAUGAGCAUGGUGUUGCCUGGAGUUGUUGGGUUCAAGUUAUCUGGAAAAUUGCGCAGUGGUGUAACUGCCACUGACUUGGUGUUGACAGUCACUCAAAUGCUUAGGAAGCAUGGUGUUGUUGGGAAGUUUGUUGAAUUCUAUGGUGAUGGAAUGAGUGAACUAUCAUUGGCUGACAGAGCCACCAUUGCAAACAUGUCUCCUGAAUAUGGUGCUACAAUGGGUUUCUUUCCUGUAGAUCAUGUUACAUUGCAGUAUCUGAAACUAACAGGGAGAAGUGACGAAACAGUGGAAAUGAUCGAAGCAUAUCUGCGUGCGAAUAAUAUGUUUGUCGACUAUAAUGAGCCUCAACAUGAGAAAGUGUACUCUGCUUCGUUGCACCUAGACCUUGCUGACGUUGAGCCAUGUGUCUCAGGGCCAAAAAGACCUCAUGACCGCGUGCCUUUGAAAGAAAUGAAGUCUGACUGGCACUCUUGCCUUGAUAAUAAGGUUGGAUUCAAGGGAUUUGCUGUGCCAAAAGAUGCACAGGAAAAAGUAGUAAAGUUUUCUUUCCAUGGACAAGAUGCAGAGCUCAAGCAUGGAAGUGUUGUGAUUGCAGCUAUUACAAGUUGCACUAAUACAUCAAAUCCCAGUGUUAUGCUAGGAGCAGCCCUUGUUGCAAAAAAGGCUUGCGAUCUGGGUCUACAUAUUAAGCCAUGGGUUAAAACAAGUCUUGCUCCUGGCUCCGGCGUAGUUACAAAAUAUUUACUCCAGAGUGGGCUGCAGAAGUAUUUGAAUCAGCAAGGUUUCCAUAUUGUUGGAUAUGGCUGCACAACUUGUAUUGGGAAUUCGGGGGAUUUGGAUGAAUCAGUUGCUUCUGCUAUAUCAGAAAAUGACAUUGUUGCUGCUGCUGUACUCUCUGGAAAUCGAAACUUUGAGGGGCGUGUUCAUCCCUUGACGAGAGCAAACUACCUUGCUUCACCUCCUUUGGUGGUUGCCUAUGCACUCGCUGGCACUGUUGAUAUUGACUUUGAGAAAGAGCCAAUUGGAGUGGGAAAUGAUGGUAAGAAUGUCUACUUCAAGGAUAUUUGGCCAUCAACUGAAGAAAUUGCUGAGGUUGUUCAAUCAAGCGUAUUGCCAGACAUGUUCAAGAGUACCUAUGAAGCUAUUACAAAGGGGAAUAAUAUGUGGAAUCAAUUAUCAGUACCAGCUGCUAAGCUCUACUCAUGGGAGCCUAGUUCUACAUACAUUCACGAGCCACCAUAUUUCAAGGAUAUGACAAUGGAUCCUCCCGGGCCUCACGGUGUGAAGGAUGCUUAUUGCUUGCUGAACUUUGGUGAUAGUAUUACCACAGAUCACAUUUCACCAGCUGGAAGCAUCCACAAAGAUAGUCCUGCCGCUAAGUACCUUAUUGAGCGGGGGGUUGAUCGCAGGGACUUCAACUCAUAUGGUAGCCGUCGUGGUAAUGAUGAAAUAAUGGCUAGGGGUACUUUCGCCAACAUCCGCAUUGUAAACAAGCUGUUAAAUGGGGAAGUUGGCCCAAAGACAAUUCACAUUCCCACAGGAGAGAAACUCUCUGUGUUUGAUGCUGCAAUGAAAUACAAGUCUGCUGGACAAGACACUAUAAUCUUGGCUGGAGCCGAAUAUGGAAGUGGAAGCUCCCGAGAUUGGGCUGCUAAGGGCCCCAUGUUGUUGGGAGUUAAAGCUGUAAUUGCUAAAAGCUUUGAGAGGAUUCACCGCAGCAACUUGGUAGGAAUGGGAAUUGUGCCUCUAUGUUUCAAGGCUGGUGAGGAUGCAGAAACGCUUGGGUUGACAGGUCAUGAGCGAUAUACCAUUGAUCUCCCCAAAAACAUUAGUGAGAUCCGCCCAGGUCAAGAUGUUACUGUACGAACAGACACUGGAAAAUCUUUCACUUGCAUAGUGCGCUUCGACACUGAGGUGGAAUUGGCUUAUUUCAACCAUGGAGGCAUUCUCCCAUACGUCAUUCGACAGUUGAUCCAGCAAUGAAUGAUAGCAUUGAUUAUUUAGCUACCUUUAUCAGACAGCUGCUUAGCUGAGGAAAGAGGAUAAAGAAGAAAAAAAAGAGUUUCUCAACGGCGAAGCGUGAUAAGGAAAUAAUGGAUUUGAAACUUUUAAUGUCCCUGUUGUUGGGCAAGGUUAUUUUUGUUACUUCGAUAAGCACUGUCAAGCUAAUCUUUUAGCAUUGAAUAGCAGCACGCCAUCUCUUUUUGGGAAUAAAUUUCUAUUUGUUAGUCGUCUGAUGGAGUUAGUCCCAUUUUCAAGAAAUAGCAACUGCAUGUGUUAUGUUUUAUUAUGUAUUUAUCCUGCAAAACACAAGCUACUUAUGAUAACUGUAUUUAUUAUGUAUAUAUCCUGUGGUAAACUGAAUACAGGAUGUGUGUAAGAGGGAAGGGAUAUGUUAUCACAAAGAGCUUGUAUUUUGCA